CACUGACUUCCACCCGUCUCCUGAUUAAGCCAAUCGGAAUUCCCUUCCACCAGUUCGCCCAUUCUCCUCCAGGAGGAAAUCCGGUGGCGGACGGGAGGAGGAGGAGGAGGAAGAAGAAGGCGACAGUAAUGGCGCGCAUUCCCCAUCUGGUUUCCCUCCUCAGAAGGAGAUCCCGCCCGGCUCUCAUCCUCCCAGCCCUUUCCUUCUCUUCCCGAAGCUUCUCCUCCGCAGAGCCCUCCUCUCCCUCGAAACCCUCCCUUGCGGCCCUCAGGGAGCGCCUUGCUGCUGACUCCCCGACUCUGUCCGACUUCAUCGGGCUGAAGCCUGGCGAUGCCUACUCCGUCGAGGUCGGCACGAAGAAGAACCCUCUGCCGAAGCCCAAGUGGAUGAAGGAGGCCAUCCCUGGUGGCGUCAAGUACACCGCCAUCAAGGCCAAACUGAGGCAGUUGAAGCUGCACACGGUAUGCGAGGAGGCGCGAUGCCCCAACCUCGGGGAGUGCUGGUCCGGCGGCGAGACGGGGACGGCGACCGCCACGAUCAUGAUCCUCGGUGACACCUGCACUCGCGGAUGCAGAUUUUGUAAUGUGAAAACCUCAAGAACACCACCACCUCCUGAUCCAGAUGAACCUGCUAAUGUUGCUGAGGCAAUAGCAUCAUGGGGUUUGGACUAUGUAGUGAUAACUAGCGUUGACAGGGAUGAUUUGCCUGAUCAAGGUAGUGGCCAUUUUGCAGAGACAGUACAGAGGUUGAAAAUGCUUAAGCCAAAGAUGCUUAUAGAGGCACUUGUCCCAGACUUUCGUGGGGACCAAGCCUGUGUUGAGAAAGUUGCAAAAUCAGGAUUAGAUGUCUAUGCACACAAUAUCGAGACUGUUGAGGAACUACAGAUGAUGGUACGAGAUCAUCGUGCCAACUUCAAGCAAUCAAUUGAUGUCCUCAAAUUAGCCAAAGAAUAUGCUCCUGCAGGCACUCUCACAAAGACAUCAAUUAUGCUAGGAUGUGGAGAAACACCAGCUCAAGUGGUGAAAACUAUGGAGAAAGUAAGGGAUGCUGGUGUUGAUGUUAUGACAUUUGGGCAGUACAUGCGACCUUCAAAGCGACAUAUGCCAGUUUCGGAGUAUAUCACUCCAGAGGCUUUUGAGCAAUAUCAGAAACUUGGAAUGGAGAUGGGUUUCCGGUACGUGGCGUCUGGUCCAAUGGUGAGAUCAUCCUACAAAGCUGGUGAGCUCUAUAUAAAGGCCAUGAUAGAAGCUGAUCGUGCAAAGCCUUCAAUCCUGCCCCCUUGAUUGGAGGGUGCAUGUUCCCUGCUUCAUCGAAGAAGUUUGACUUUGUUCUCCGUCACUGGUCAAUGCUUGUGCCGGACACCACCUUUCAAAGAACGCUCAAGAUUUGCAUCCGAUUUUCUUGCUUUCAGGAAAUAAAGUUUUUUGUCUGUAUUCUUGAACGAAGAACAAAAAUGAGUUGUUCUCCAUUCUAAAAAAUUAUUGUAAAUACCAAAUCUGUUGUACGC